AGCCCCGCCAUGGCGUUCAUGGUGAAGACUAUGGUGGGUGGCCAGCUGAAGAACCUUACUGGGGGACUGGGAGGAGAAGAGAAGGGAGAAAGCGAGAAAUCCCCAGCCGAAGCCCAAGGCAUGACGAGGGAGGAAUAUGAAGAAUACCAGAAGCAGCUGGUGGAGGAAAAAAUGGAAAGGGAUGCUCAAUUUACUCAGCGCAAAGCAGAGAGAGCCACACUCAGGACCCACUUCAGAGACAAAUACAGGCUGCCUAAGAAUGAAACAGAUGAUAACCAGAUCCAGCUGGCAGGAGGGGAUGUGGAGCUUCCAAAAGAGCUGGCCAAGAUGAUCGAGCAAGACGAAGAGGAAGAGGAAAAGAACUCAGUUAUUGGACAGCUGACCAACAUCCAGAACCUGGACCUGGAUUCCCUGAAGGAUAAAGCCCAGGCCACCCUGGAGGACCUGAAGCAGUCAGCUGAAAAAUGUUCUGUUAUGUGACUUGGCUGUACCCCUUACCACAAUA